AACAAAGGGCAGAAGCGGAUUUUGGAUGACGACGGACGACCGGACCGCCAUCGCGCCGACCGAGCGCCACAUGGAGGCAGCGCGCGAGGUAGACAUGCCCAUGGACGACGCUGCCAUCGUGCGACCGAUGGAGGCAGCGCCCGAGGAGGAAGCUGUCGAGGAAGACGCUACCAGCAGCGUCCCCAUGGGCGACGUCCAAGACGAAGCACAUGAAGCUGAGGAAGAGCCGAUGCAUGAGGAAGAGCCCCUCGAGGGCAACAAAGCGCUCGAUGGCGACGUCGAGGAGGCUGUCAACGAAGCUGUGGGUGUCGUUGAAGAGGAGAGCGCUGCUGCCCCGGCGACGAACGAGACGGCCGCUCCCGAGCUCGAAGAAGCACCUGCCCGCGACGAGGUCCUCGAUGAGUCUGCGGUCGGAGCCGAACCCGAGGCUCUGCAUGAAGCUUCGUCGGCGCGGGAGCCUCUCAUGACGCCGGCAAAGACCAGCACGAUGGCCUCGGAAGCCUCGGUCGACGCUGUGUAUGCGACGCCAGAAGCCAAUGGUGCGUCGCCUGCUUUCAGCGGGGACAUUUCGUAUGACGGUCCAAGCCACUUUGACUUAAACACGCCGAGUGCCAAGAACCUCCGCGAGGGCGACGAGGAUGCUAAGACGGCCUUUGUCAAGACCCCAUACAAGCAGCCGAACGCCAAGCUGAGCUACACGUCGCUGGAGCUCCAAGCCAUCAAAGCGCGCCGGGCUGAGAUCGAGAAGGAGAAGCUCCGCAACGAAAAGUACCGUCUUCUCGCGCAGAAGCAGUCGACGCACCAAAUGGUCGAACGCUCGACCAAGCCGCUGACGCUGCCGAUCACGCCCGAGCUGCUCAGCACCAAGCGCGGCGCGUUCCGCUGCGCUGGCCACGACGCAAUGCACCCGUGCACGCCCGAGUGCGAUCGCAAGGCCGCCGUCUUGACGGCCGAAGAGCUCGUCGCGCGCCCGGACCGCGUGCGUAUCCCGUCGUCCAAGCCACUGCGUACGACGUCGGCCCACUCGCCGUUCCUCCAGACAGCAACCCGCGCCCGUCGCAGCGACGUCACCGAAGCCAGCUACACGGACAAGAGCAACGGGCCCAUCUCGGCCGCCGAUCUUGUGUGCCGCAAGCCCCGCGCAGCGUCACCAGUCCGCGUUCUCAAGCGCACGGUGCCGGCGUCACCGUUCCUCGCGACCAAGCACCGCGCCAAGAAGCCGCGCUUCGACGACAAGGAGAACAUGGACCCGUCGCCGACUGUCGUGAUGACGGCGGAAGCGCUCGUGGCGCGACCGCUGCACACCAAGAUGACACAAAAGGACGAUGUCGCCAAGAGAGCCAUCACGAUCGCGAUGGCGCCCCACCUCGCCACCAUGGAGCGUGCGACUCUGCAAGCGACGUACCGCAAGGCCGUACCGCUCAUCGACGAGGACGCGAUCGAGCUCGCCAAGCCGUUCCACGCCUCGCCCGUGCCAUCGUCGUUGCACAAGCAAAGCAAGCUCAAGAAGACGCGCCGGUCGCCGCUCGCGACGGUGCAAGCCACGACGCCGCCGCUCAAGUCGCUCGAGCGCCACGCCAAGUACAAGGCCGAGUUCGAGGCGCGCACGAAGCAGCAGCGCGACGACGACGACGCCAAGCGCGUUUUCAAAGCACAGCCCAUGCCGAUCGUCUCGAUGCAUGCGCCGGUCAUCAAGUCCAAGACGCCGCUCACGGUUGCCGCGCCGUUCCAGUGCCCUGGCGACGUCUUCCACGAGCGCCACCUCGAGCGCAUGCAGGCGCUCCGCGAGCAGGCCGAGGACGAUAUGCGCAACAUGAUGCGUGUCAAGGCGACGCCGAUCCUGCUCGCGACGCACAACGUCGGCGUCGCGCCGUCGACCAAGCCCCUGACCGAGGCCAAGAGCCCGUCGCUGGCGCUCAAGCGGCGCAUGGUCGACCGCGCGGCGUACGACAAGAAGGAGCAGGAGCGCCGCCAGCGGGACGAGGAGGCGCGCCGGGUGCUCGCCGACGAGGCCGCGCGGAAGGAGCAGGAAGAUCUCAAGGCGUACCGCAAGAACGAGCUCACGUUUCGCGCGCUCAAGCGGCGAAGGACCAAGGUGCAGGAGUAGUUUGUAUUACAUGUAAAAGUCGAGGAGGAAUUUCUUGUAGAU